CUACCUUACACAAUUACGUGUCUACAUUUUCUAGGCAUGCGCGUUUGCUUCACGUUGAUAGCCAGCUUGAGUUAUGCCUAAAGGUAAGAAGGCUCGAUCUACGAGGAGAGUGGCCGCUGCGCCGUAUCCGAGCGGUUCGAAAGCAAGCGCGACGGCCAAACGCAAGCCAGUAAAUCCUCUCAUCGAGAAACGACCGAGAAACUUUGGAAUCGGUGGUGACAUCCAACCAAAACGGGAUUUGUCUCGAUUUGUUAAGUGGCCGCGUUACGUUCGUCUGCAGAGACAGCGUGUUGUUUUGUAUCAACGUCUGAAGGUUCCUCCGGCGAUUAAUCAGUUUACGCAGACGCUUGAUAAACAGACUGCCAAGUCGUUCUUCAAGUUGGCGCAUAAAUAUCGACCGGAAACGAAGCAACAGAAGAAGGAUAGGUUGAAAUCAGCUGCAGAGAAAAAGGCUGAAGGACAAGACGAUUCUCCAUCCAAAAAGCCUAUUGUUCUAAAGUACGGUAUCAACCACAUCACAAGUCUUAUUGAACAGAAGAAAGCUCAACUCGUUGCCAUUGCCCACGAUGUUGACCCAGUUGAGGUUGUUAUUUGGGUUCCUGCUUUGUGUCGGAAGAUGCAAGUGCCGUAUUGUAUUGUGAAAGGAAAGGCAAGACUUGGACAAUUGGUGCAUAAAAAGACGGCAACAGCUGUGGCAUUAACUGCCGUGAAGAAUGAAGACCGCAGCACUCUAAACACCCUCGUUGAAUCUGUGAAAACAAAUUUCAACAGCCGUGCAGACGAGAUACGUAGACACUGGGGAGGUGGCGUCAUGGGAGGGAAGACGAAGGCUCGUUUAGCGAAGAUCGAGAAAACCAAGCAACGAGAAGCGGCACAAAAAUGACA